AACGUUCGUCUAUCGUCUAGAGAGCGCGUAGCGAUCGGCGCAUAGGGGGGGUUAGUUGCCCGGGUUUCUCGGCCUGGUAUCCUACACCUCGCGUUAAUGAUAUCUACAUUCAACUGUGCCCCGGAGACACGGUCGAAGCACGCCCAUCCAGUGUGCUAGCGCGUUUUAGAACACCGGUAAUAAGAAUUACAUAACGAUAACUAAAAUAUAAAAUUGGGAGAAAGUCACUUUCUCUUUCUAAAUCUCGCUCCAAUGGCGUCUUCUCCUCUUAGCCUUUCGAUUUGGUUCUUCUUCUUCUUCGUCUUCGUCUUCUUAAUCGAUUCGUCCAUCUCUACUCGCACCUCCUUCAUCAAACUCCCGGGAAGCGACGACGGAUCUCGCUACUGCGACAGUUGGAGAUUAGCCGCCGAGACCAACAACGCCGGAACUUGGGAUGUGAUCCCGUCCGUUUGCGUCGAUUCAGUCGCUGAUUAUCUCAACGGAGAACAGUUCUUAUCCGAUUACAACGUCAUCGCCGAUUACGCCAUCGCUUUCGCGAAGACGGUUGAAAUCCCCGGCGACGGCAAGGACGUGUGGAUCUUCGAUAUCGACGAGACGCUCCUCACUAAUAUCGACUACUACAAGGCUCAUGGUUACGGGUCUGAACCAUUCGAGUCGAAUACUUUUAAUGAGUGGGUAGUACAAGGAACAGCUCCAGCUUUUGAUGCGAGUUUAAGACUUUAUAAUGCUCUCAAGAAACUUGGUUUCACUAUCAUUUUGCUAACCGGACGAGACGAGGAUCAAAGGAGUUUCACUGAGACAAAUCUCCGCGACGCCGGUUAUUCCGGUUGGGAACGGCUCCUCUUGAGAGGUCCAAAAGAUCAAGGGACAUCAGCUACAAAUUACAAAUCAGAGCAGCGGUCGAAACUGAUUGAGGAAGGUUUCAAAAUCCGAGGCAAUACCGGUGAUCAAUGGAGUGAUCUUCUUGGUUUUGCCGUGGCUGAUCGUUCUUUCAAAGUCCCAAAUCCCAUGUACUACAUUGCUUGAUCACCCGGUUCUGGCUUGUGUAUGUUUAGACAUUAGUAUUAAAACGUGAUUUUGGGGAUUUGAAAGAACAAUCAAUCAGCCAAUUUUUAGACAUGUACGAAUAACAACUUAUAUAUCUUUUGUAAUUUCUGUGAUUAUUUCAAAAAAAAAACUCUCCAUUGUU